CACAGAUCGAGACCCCGCAACACCACUCCAUCCUACCAAAACUAUUGAUCCUACCCACACAAAGCUUGAUCAGGAGACUAUCUUUAGAAGCCGCCUUUCCAUUCGGCACCAACCAACCGUUCCCUGCAGCCAAACUGUGGGCCUGCAUAACAUUCUCUGGAGAAAAGUUCUUCCCCUUUGGGCUUUUUGAGUCACACGCCCUUCGCAAUACGGGAAGGUCCUCAACGCCGGUCUCACCAUUGCCGGACUCUCGAUAACCCUCCACUACAAUAAUGUCUCUAACAAACGCGACGCCGCUGCAGGUCGCUCAGGCGGCACGGACUGGCUCACGGAAGCUUGCCGUACUGUCGGCUGCAGAACGCAAUGCUUCACUAACUGCAAUUCACGAGGCAUUAGCGGAGGGGAAAGAGGAGGUCCUGGCGGCGAACGGAAAGGAUCUGGAGGAAGCGAACAAGGCUGCAGCGGGUGGCCAUCUCAGCCAGAGUCUAGUGAAGAGACUGGAUCUGGGGAAGAAAGGGAAAUAUGAGGAUAUGCUACAGGGCAUACUAGACGUGAGAGACCUCGAAGAUCCCAUCAACAAAACCACCGCGCGGACACUUCUCGACGACAACCUCGUUCUCUCCCGGAUAACCUGCCCCAUCGGCGUACUCCUCAUCAUCUUCGAAGCCCGCCCGGAAGUCAUCGCCAACAUCUCCGCACUAGCCAUCAAAUCCGGCAACGCAGCGAUCCUCAAAGGCGGCAAAGAAUCCUACCACAGCUUCGCAGCCAUCGCCUCAAUCAUAUCGCAAGCUCUAUCACAGACAGCGGUCCCUUCGGAUUGCCUGCAGCUGGUCCAGACUCAUGAUGUCGUCUCCGACCUCCUGAAACUGGAUACGUACAUCGACCUAUGCAUCCCGCGCGGCGGUAACAAGCUCGUCCGCUAUGUAAAAGACUCCACCGCGAUUCCCGUCCUCGGCCAUGCGGACGGCAUAUGUACGACGUACCUGUGCGCCGACUACCCCGCCGACAAAGCAGUCAAGAUCAUCGUAGACGCCAAAACCUCAUACCCCGCGGGAUGCAAUGCGCUUGAGCAACUACUGGUCGACGAAGCCGCGCUCACCACCACGCUCCCCGCUGUGGCAGAAGCCUUACUCCAGAAAGGCGUAUCGCUCCGCUGCGACGCGGCCUCGCUCGCCGCAUUGAAGGGAACGCUGGAUCCGCACUCCGCGGCGCUGCUCCAAGAGGCCACGGACCAGGAUUUUGACUUCGAGUUCCUGGACUUCGUCCUCGCUAUCAAAACCGUUCACAGCUUGGACGAAGCAAUCACCCACAUCAACACACACUCGAGCCACCACACCGACGCUAUCCUUACCUUCGACUCUGCCGCCGCGAACACCUUCCUCGCCGCCAUAGACUCUUCGUCCGUGUACUGGAAUACUUCGACCCGCAUGGCAGAUGGCCAGCGCUACGGCUUCGGCACCGAAGUCGGCAUUUCCACCAACAAGAUCCAUUCGCGCGGCCCCGUCGGCCUGGAGGGCUUGACCAUCUACAAGUGGACGAUUGCAGGCGAUGCGCAGGUCAGCACUGAGUAUGGCGCGGGAGGCAAGGCCUGGAAGCACGUGAAACUUCCCCUGAGCGAUGACGAGAUGGUCGCACAGAACGACGAGGAGAGGGAGCUGUUGCGGAAGUUCAGGGCUGGCAAGGCGGCCGUGAGCGAUAUUUGAGUGCCACCAACCGAGAAAGGGCUUCCUUCCUUCAUACGGCGUUCCGUCCAUGGGCACGACGGUAUUCUAAAAAGCAAUUCGAGGAAUAAAAAGGGCCAGCUCAGUUCAAUUCAGUCCAGUUCAAUCCAUCGUACCGUAUUCCAAGUCCAAAGUGCAAAAACACACAUUGUUCCCCUGUCAUCAUUCUUCUGGUGGCUUCCGCUGAAUUGUCCCACCGUUCACUCUCCCCUCCAUUUAACACAUUAUUGCGUCACAAACCGAAAUAGAAGGGGGUGUUUCGACAGGAAAUAGAAGGAGCGGCCUCGGUCCCCACCGACCAUCCGGC